UACAAAUUUACGCAGUUCGACUGUUCACUCUCAAAUAAAGUGAGGUCUUGCAUGAUUAACAUGCCAUAUGAGCUCUGAAACAAACUCAAGUCUUGCAGAGAAAAACCAUAUCUUCCUCUCUACACACUUUUCUUGACACGCCUGCUUUAAAGCUUUAAAAUUUUCCCUAGUUUUGUCAAAAUCCAGAUCAGUCUUGAGUUAUAUUUUCCAUCUUUCUUUGGCCUUUAGAUUUCAUGGGGUCUUUUUUCUCAUCUCACGGCAGAAGUUCUUUCAGUGAUUUUGAAAGAGAAACGCCCGCUGUAUGUAAGAAAAUAUAUGAUGCAUUCAUCAGCCACCGAGGCCCUGAUGCCAAAGCAACGGUUGCAUUUGCACUUUACGAAGCAUUGGAGGAAAAGGGAUUUUGGACAUUUCUUGAUGAACAAGAAUUACAAUUGGGAGACUCAAUUACCUCUGCCAUACAAGAUGCAAUAUACUCUUCUAAAGUGCAGAUUGCCAUCUUCUCACCACGAUAUGCGGAGUCCUGUUGGUGUCUAGAUGAGCUGGUUGACAUGCUGAAAACCAAGGCCCUCCUCAUUCCUAUAUUUUAUGGUGUGAAGCCUUUUGAGCUUCGCUACCUUGACAAGGGAUGUUAUGCAGAUGCAUUUGCUAAACAUCAACUAUAUGAGAAGCGAUUCGGCAAGGACAAGAUUGACCAAUGGAAAGAAGCCCUCCAGUCUUCUGCAGAUAAAUCUGGCUACGAAUUCAGCACAUCUAAUGGAAUUGGCAGUGAUGUCGAGAGGCUCUGUACAGAGAUUGCCUUGGCUGUCCAACAGGAGAUUGGAAAGACAUUUAAGGGAGUUGGAAAACAUCAGAAAGGUCUCAAUGCAGACGAGGCAGCGUCGACAAGUACAUCAGCAAUGUUGAAGAAAUCAAGUCUUCUGCACAGAGAUUCAGGUACAGUGGGGAUACAUUCCAAAGUUGAACACAUGGUAGGCUUGUUGGAAGACGCAGAAGUUCAAGUCAUAGCCGUCGUUGGUAUGGGCGGCUCGGUGAAGACAUUUCUUCUCCAAAAUGUCUACGAAUCCGUAAAAUCUCUCUAUUUCUAAAUCUUACUCUCUCAAGAAUUUGCAGCAUGAUAUAGCCUCCAAACUAGGUUUAGAACAUAAAAUUGUGGACGCUAAAGUAACUGAUGAGAGAGCGGCUGAAUUGAUUCAUGAUCAUCUCGAAGGGAAAAGAUCUCUCAUUGUGCUGGAUGAUCUCUGGACGCUGUCUACUGAAAAUUCUGUCAUUGAUAAAUUUGGUCUGCCGGCCGAUAAAAAUUGUAAAAUUGUGGUCACUACAAGAAAUAGGCAGGUUGCUUUAAACUCAAAUGCUCGAAUCUAUGAGAUGCAAAAUUUGUCAGAUGAAGAAAGUUGGAGGCUGUUUUGUAUCUACGCAUUUCCGGAUAAAGCGGGAAAUAGAGCGCAACAGUACAUGGAAGAGGAGGGUCGGAAGAUUGUAAAGCAAUGUGGGAAUUUACCUCUUGCUAUCAAAACGAUAGCAGCAUCUUUGGCCAGAACUACGCUUAAAAGCUGGUAGUUGAAGCGCAGUCAGCUGGAAAGAGUAGUUACUCCCAUUGGAGAGCAUGACCCUGUCAUGGAGAUACUGAAACUGAGUUAUGACUCUUUGCCUGCACACCUUAAACCGUGUUUUGCAUAUCUAUCCUUCUUUCCCGAGGAUGAGGAGAUAAAAGCAGAGUAUUUGAUGAAUCUGUGGAUAGCGGAAGGAUUCAUCCCGGCAGCAGAGCAGCAGUGGGAAAUGGCCUGGCAUUGGUUAGAUCAACUUGCACAAAUGUGUAUGUUCCAAGUAUAUGAGGCAGAUUAUAGUGUUCUAACCAAACACUGUAAAAUUCAUGAUUUGUUGCACGAUUUGGCAAUACACAUAUCAAGAGAAGAUAAAUGUGUUUUUUCUGUUGAAGAAGUGUCUUCACAUACAAGUAAUUCCAUGGGCUGGUGUCGGAUUCUACUGGCCAAGAAUGGUCUGCAUGUUUUCAAUGCCAUCUCAGAGAGCCGUCCUGUUUAUCUCCGUACACUCUCGCUGUAUCUUAAUUACAGUAUUACAAGUAUUCCAGAAAACCUGUUUACCACUAUGAGAGGACUGCGCGUUUUGGAUUUGAGCUACACACAGAUCUCUACGUUGCCUGCUUCUCUUGGAAAGAUGAUUGUUCUCAGAUUAUUGAAUUUGACGAAUACACAGAUAAAGGAGGUGCCGGCGUGUGUGAGGCACCUAAAACGCCUCUUGUUUCUUGCUUUACCUAUUGAUUGUAAGUCAUUACCAGCAUGGAUAAGUGAUCUUAGAUGUCUUCAGCAUUUAAAAGCCAAUUGCAUUGAUAGGAUGCCAAGAAUAACAAAUUUGAGAACACUAGACUCAUAUAUGUACUUAUGCGCCAGAGAAGAGGACAAAUUCACGAGGUUAGAUAAUUUGGUCAAUAUGACUCAGCUUCAGGAACUAAGCUUAACUGUUUACAAUGACAAGGAGUUGAAGAGGAUAGAAGAAGGGAUUCUUGCCCAGCUGGUGAAGAUGCGUUAUCUAGCAAUCUGGAAUACUACAAUGGAGUUUGGGGAGCUUUCAGGGAAAAUGAGAGCAAUGAAACAUCUGGAAAGUCUUCAACUAUUGUCGUUUGUAGUGCCAAGUUGGAUAUGCGAGUUUGCAAAUCUGAAACAAUUAAAAUUAGUCGGAUGUGAGUGUAGUGAUUAUCCGGAGUUGGAGAGAAUGCCCAAUCUGGUGGAAUUGUUGCUAAGUGGGAAUUAGAGGUGCAGAGAAUUGCCAAAGGCGUUUGGAAAGUCAGGGGGGUUUUUACAGCUUCGAAUUCUGUCUAUUUUUAGUUUCUCUUCAUUAGAAGAAUUCCCCGAAUUAGAGGAGGGAGCGAUGACAUGCCUUCAAAUAUUCUAUUUAUUUGACUGUCCAAAAGUGAAGCAAGUGGAAGGAUUAGAGCAGUUGAAAAGACUAGAGUUGUUCGAAUAUUGUGGGAGGAAUGAAUGGUUGGAGACUUUUAAGGAAGGUGGGGAAUAUUGGAAAAAAAUCAAAUCCAUAAAUCCACGUGUAACUACUACAAGUGAUACUUAUUAAAAUCUUUUCUAUUUAAAUUAUAUUAAUGUUAAA